UAUCAAAGGGAGGGAAGCGAACGUGGAAGGAAUCAGUUGGCCUUUCUCAGCACAACACAAGACCCGUACACGCGCGCCCGGAACAGCAGUAGUGACGGGGUAAAGGUGCCGAUCAAAUUUCUCCGAUUUCGAUAAGGCCACAGAACGUUGGCUAGCUGGGGAUAUAUAUUUUCCUUCGGACGAAGAACCCAGAGUGCACGUGUGUGUGCUUUUCUCGGAGCAAGUCUCGCUGCUUCUUGGUGAGCGAGAUCGACACGCACCUGGCAACAGAGGUCUCACAUCCAGGGUUUCUGAAGGGAGUAACCGAAGAUACGGAUCCCUUCGUUCACUGGUGGGAGUGUUGUUUUUCGUUCAUAUUUCCCGUCACCCGCAGCUAAAGGUAAUAUCCACAAGGAACCGACAUUGACUUUGGAUUAAACGAUCCAGACAACAUGGUUUCCGCGGCAGGCAAGAUUUUCAUAUUGAUCCUUUUUCUUAUAGGAUUUCUUGUAUGGUAUAAAAAAUACAAGACAAGUCCAUGGUAUCUCAACAGGUUGUGGAAGACAAUGGACGACAAUUUAAGGAACACUAAGAUUCUGUUAUUCGCAAGCCUUCACCAAAUGAGGGAGAACCUAAACCGGGACCUACUCAUCCUCGAGGUGGGGUCCGGAGGGGGGACAAACUUCCGGUACUACCCUGACGGAACCAGAGUCGUUUGUCUCGACAUCAACGCUGAAUACUUUAAAUUUGUUGACGAUAAUCUUAGAUCUCAAAAUACUCAAGUACAUGUGAAAGAUUAUAUAUGUUGUAAUGUCGAAAACCUAAGCCAGUUUGCGGAUAAUGCCUUCGACGCCGUAGUUUCAACGUACGUCCUCAGCUCUGUACGCAAGUCAUCAAACGCUGUGGAGGAGAUUAGGAGAGUUCUCAACAAGGAAGGUGAAUUCUUCUUCCUCGAGAACGUGUUUGGAAAGAUAGGCGACAAGGCGAGAGUGGUCCAGCGUGUUCUGGCUCCCUUCUUCCCCUUCCUCUUCGACGGCAUAAAACUCCUUGUCAACACCGACGAGGUCAUCAACAGCGCAGGGUUCUCCAAGGUUGACUUCAAGCGGGUCGAGUUCGAACCCCCAAUAGCGCUCCUGUUUCCCCUCAGAUCGUCCAUUUGUGGAACGGCCACAAAGUGAAGUCGUUGAUGUAUGAGACGUCACGUUCCAUCACGUUACGUCAUUCGUGACCUACGUUCAUGUCAGCUCAAGAAGAAGACCUGGUGGUAAUUUCCCGUGCCAAGGUCAAGGUCGAGGUCAAGGUUGAAGACUGAGUUUGAUGAGUUUAAAUCCAGAUACGUGUUAGAAGGGCGACACUAUUUGGUGUUCAUAGUGAAUGUGUCUUCCUCCCCGUGUUUCCCCAUUUGAAGGAUCCCUGUGCGAGUAAACGAAUUUUCCACUCGACUGAGACAGGAUUAUGUUACGGAUACACACCCACCGCUCCAGUACUCCAUACAGCCUAUCAUAUUUCCUAUUGGAGUUUCUAUAGCAUAUAUGCUGCAGUGUAGUAGAGCUUUUGCUGUUGUGUCGUGCUAAUGAGAAGGAGUUUCAGCUAGCUUACUGUAGAAUGGCUGCUUGCAGUUCUUCUCAACACCAGAAUAUAUUUCUACUGACAUGUAUAUAUGUUCGUCUUUCAUCUAGGCUUGCUUCUAUGAAUCUGAGGCUCACGAAUUUUGAAGAUCGCAAAUGAAGACUAAUUAAAGGUGAUAUGGAUGAGUAUUAACUAGGCGCCAACAAAACAAACACUGCUGUAUUGAGUUUGAGUUAUUUUUUGUAGUUUUUGUGUUCAGGAGACUGCUGUAUUAACUGGAAUAAAUCCCAUGUUCAUCGGCA